AUGAAGUACUCUACUAUCAUCCUCGCUGCUGCGACCACCGCCUCUGCCCACUCGACAUGGCAGCAGCUGUGGGUUGGAAGCACAGACAAGGCGACCAGCUGCACGCGUACUGUCAAGGAUAACAGCCCUAUUGACAGCUUGUCUUCAUCCGACAUGUUCUGUGGUCGUGGUCCUGCUGCCUCAUCCGGUGUCUGCGAAGUUGCUGCCGGUACUUCCCUCACCGUUGAGAUGCACGCUCAGCCCGGCGCGCGCGCCUGCUCGCAGCCUGCCAUCGGCGGCAACCACUACGGCCCGGUCCUUAUCUACAUGGCCAAGGUCAGCGAUGCCAAAACCGCCAGCUCCGGCUCUUUCUUCAAGGUCGCCGAGGAUGGAUACACUGGUACCACCGCCUCAUGGGGAACUGAGAUCCUCAACGCAAACUGCGGCAAGCGCUCCUUCACUGUUCCCAAGAACAUUGCUUCUGGUGACUACCUUGUCCGCGCCGAGGCUAUUGCCCUACACGCUGGCGCUGGAAGCCCUCAGCCCUACGUCAGCUGCUUCCAGGUCAAGGUUACUGGAGGAGGCAGUGCUACCCCCUCUGGCGUCAGCUUCCCCGGUGCCUACAAGCUCAGCGACCCGAUUUUCACGAAGGCCAUCUACGAUUCGAGCUUCAAGUACGUCAGCCCUGGCCCUGCUGUCUACUCUGGUUAG